AGAGUCGUUUAACUUGUUUAAGGAGCUGCUGAAAAUCAUUUUCACAGAGGCACAGAUGAGCACAUAUAGGAGAUCAACGCCUGCAUCUGGCAAGAGGCUGCACAGGCAUUGUGAGAGCUGCCACAGCAAAUACUGCAAAGCUCCCAUAGAGAUCACUUUGUCUUGCAUGAUCGUUAACUGCCGCUUACUGUGUGGAGCCUCCUUUCACAUGUGCAAAGAGGAUGAACACAGACUGUUAUGUCCUAAUGAGAAGGUGCCCUGCAUCAAUGCCAACUUUGGCUGCCCUUUCACAAUGUGUCGCUCGAAGCUGGCCAAACACCUGGAAGUGUGUCCUGCUAGUGUGGUCGUCUGCUCAAUGGAGUGGAAUCGUUGGCCUAUCGAAGAUAUAAAGUCACCAUUAUUUAGCAAUCUCAUGAAAGACAUCCAGGAGCAUCGAGCUCUGGACCUGUCCACAGCUUUAAAAGACCAAAAGCAACUAUACAGCAGGCUGAAAAUGAGGAGUUUCUUUCCUCAGUUGAUGCAGGAACCAGAAGAACCAAUUCCAGUAGAAGCAGAAGCAGAAGAUGAGGCAGCAGGGGGUGCCUUUUUGGUCGAUGGAAGUCAUGUGAAUUCCAUAAGAGGUGAGGUUUCAGUAAAUGGUCUUGUUAAAGUCCAGGCAAAGGAGAAUGCUGUGAAAGAUUUUACUGUGGAUAAAGAAAAAUACAACAUUUAUGAGAAGAUGUUUAGCAAGGAGAGAGGUGGCUGCGAGUAUGCCCAAGAAGAAGAAUCAAAAAAAGGAGCUCAUAAAGACAGGACUGAAACUACUAAUGGGUCACAUAAACCAUCUACUCCUGAUCAACAAGGAACUGCUAUGGCAAUAGUGGAAGAUAUACAUAGAGGAAAUGAUGUCCAACCAGAUACCUCAAAAACUGGCUUUGCUCCUUGGCAAGAAGGAGUUCUGGAAAGACUUGGUAAAGAAGUAAAUCCAAGAGAGUACAACAUGUAUGUAGUUCACCAUGCACGCAUGCUUCUUAACUUCGGCCAGAUUAAAGCUUGCACUCCCAGAGAGAAUGAUUUUGUUUACGGAAGCCUGGAACCAAUACCAGUUCAAUCACUACAUUCUUUUAAUGUUCCUGUUAGUUAUAUGCAUAAACGCAUCCAUAUUAGAGAUCCUACCACCCAUGUGAGCACAGAGCACAAGAGCGUGGACACGUCUGAUUUGGGUGUUUCUAUGGAUGAGGACACUCAGAAGAUGGAUGAGAUAUUUGCAACUUUGCUGUGUGCUGCUGAAGUGGAGAUCAGAGGACACAAAGUCAGUGAAUCUGUGGCCACAGAUGGACUUUAUAUUGAUAUUGCAACUCAGACAUAUGACUUUUCUACAGCUCCAUUUAAAUACAACACCACUCUGGCUGAUAUUACAGAGGACAGGGAUUUGAAACUUUACCUUCAGAUCGAUACAGAGAUCGUGACACUUAGACACAACAAAAACAAUUCAGUGUUCUCAUUUAUGUGUGAACGUUGCUUCAGAAGGGAUGAGUUUGCAUCUCACUUUAAAAACGUGCACUCAGAUAUCCAGUCUUGUUUGAAUGGCUGGUUUGAGCAGAGGUGUCCUCUUGCUUAUCUGGGUUGCACCUUCACCCAGAGACGACUCCAGCCCUCCACACACAGAGCUACAGUCUUCUUUAACACGGACCUCAGCAUCUUCACACUCAGACCUGAUAUUGACAAAAAUCUCUUUGCUGAUUCUCAAAUAGUCCCUGAUGGAUAUGAGGAUUCUCUCAGUAAUCUUCCUUUUGAGGUGCUGCGUCAGAUUGCUAGAUACCUGGAUAGCUUCUCUCUUUCCCAGCUGGCCCUGGUGUCUCGACUUUUCCGGGAUGUCAGUGCCACGUUCCUGCAUGACAGAGGAAUGGUCAGCUUGAAAUGGAAGAAAAAGCUGUACACUCAUGGGAGAGCCAAGUGGAAAUCAUCAAUAGUUUGGGAAUUCAGCAGUCUGUUCAGCAGAGUGGACACUUGGUGUAUUGGUGACACUCUUCCCAUGGCUGAGCACCUCAAGCAUUGUCCGUUUUACCAAACAGAACCUAAAACCAAGCCUUUUUCGCUGCCCAGCAUACGGAAAAACAAUGGAGAUUCAAAGGCUCGGAAAAGUCUAGUCAACCAUUUUAUGGGGCGGAGCUAAUUUUAACAUUAAUACUAAAAUACUAAAGUACAGUUAUUACACUAUACUGACACUGACACUAUAAAGAAAGUGUUAAGAUUAUGAGGACAUUAUUGUGGUAAAAUAGUAAUGGAAGGAUUAUUGGCAUUUAAAGAAUGUAUCCCAUCAUCUCACCUCACUGUAUCUUUGUAAAUCUUUGCUUGAUGUCUUCGUAAAUACCUGGGUCUCCUUAUAGAAAGUUUCACCAUAUCAAUGAUUAUGCUUUGUUCUUUAUCUUCUACCGCUUAUCCGAACUACCUCGGGUCACGGGGAGCCUGUGCCUAUCUCAGGCGUCAUCAGGCAUCAAGGCAGGAUACACCCUGGACAGAGUGCCAACCCAUCACAGGGCGCACACACACUCUCUCAUUCACUCACACAAUCACACACUACGGACAAUUUUCCAGAGAUGCCAAUCAACCUACCAUUCAUGUCUUUGGACCGGGGGAGGAAACCGGAGUACCAGGAGGAAACCCCCGAGGCACGGGGAGAACAUGCAAACUCCACACACACAAGGCGGAGGCGGGAAUCGAACCCCCAACCCUGGAGGUGUGAGGCGAACGUGCUAACCACUAAGCCACCGUGCCCCCUCUUUGUUCUUUAUAUUCUUUACAAUUAUAUCGCCAAAUGUAUGUGGACCCCUGAGUACUGAACAUUCAAUUCCAACACCAUGGCCAUUAAUAUGGAGCUGGUCUAUAAUUUGUUGUUAAAACAACAACAAAAUUGUGUGCAACAAGCCUUUCAUAUGGAUGGUAUGGUCAGGUGCCAUAUACGUUUGGCUAUAUGAUUUAAUGCAAUGACAUGUUUAAUGUGAUAUCCCUGAAUGAGCUGU